AUGCUACUAAACAAAGGCAAUUGUUACCCGAUUCUUGUGGAGCUGUUACGUCAUUCACCCAGUCUGACCGUUGUGGUCAAUGUGUGUGGUACUUUAUGGAAUCUGACCGCGCCAACCACCUGUCCGGCCGAAGAUUUGGUCGCACUUUGUCGCCUCGGUGUGAUUGACCUGUUACACAUGUUGUCUCGUUCCCCACACGAGCUGAUUCGCAAUAGUUCCACAGCUGUGUUACGCAAUCUGAUGCAUCCGAAUCAAAUACCCGCCCCGGUCACAACAACAACAACAUCCACUAGCACCAUAUCGACUACCACGAAUUCGGACGGCACAACCAUGAUAAAUCCCAAUACCGAUGCGGAAUCGCAGACUAAAACUGAGGCGGAUACAGUGUCGUCUGAUCAGUCGACUUCCAAUCAAACGGUGGAACUGCUCUAUCGUCGACGUGUUAGUGCACGCUCCCGACUGCCAUUUGGUCUGUUGUCCGUUGUCCUUGAAGCGGAUGAUGAUGAUGAAGUGGCUGCAGAGAAUGAGUCGGACGAGGAGGAGGAUGAGGAUACCGAGAAUCAAGGAGACGAUGAAGAUGGUGAAAAUACGGAGGCGGAUGAUUUGGUCGCAUCGAUCUACGCCCAUCAACAACACGAUGCUCAAGAACGAUCCAAAGAAGAACUGGCUAUGGACGAUCCAACCGGCAUUUUGUUGCAUCCAGAUAGAACGCAUUCGAAUGGGGAACUGGAACCGUCAGAUUGUUGGGCUCAACUCGACACAGGCUCUGAGGACGAACAGACACGUGUUUACGCAGAAGAGGGUACACCCUUCCCGCCAGAUUCGGCAAGCGCGUCCUGUUUGGAACUGCACGAGCCACAAGUCAGUAACUCAGAUCAACAACCGACUAGGUCGGUGCACACAUUUCCCGUUAUUGCGUCUUAUCAUUCGAACGAUAUGUUACCACACGUGUACGCAUUGGAAGAUAGUCCUCUACAUUUGCCCGGUGAAGCUAGUCCUAGCGCUGCGGGAUCGGCGAGACCUAGUGAAUCUCUGGGUCUUCUUAUCGAUUCUGGCCCUGAGCCGUUACCUCCGGACGAUGCACCGUGUUUACCAUCCCCGCCACCGGAUGUAUCUAACUUG